CGCAUGUGUUCCAACUGGACUUAUAAGGUCGUUUCCUGACAACGCGCUACAACUGAUGAUCCUCAGUGGUGCAAAAGGAACAAUGGUAAAUUCUGUUCAGAUUAGCUGUGAACUGGGCCAAAUCGAGCUGGAAGGACAUCGGCCACCGAUGACAAUUGUCGGUCGUACAUUGCCCUCGUUUCGAGCCUUUGAUACAUCUCCCCGUGCUGGUGGCUUCGUGGAUCAACGUUUCCUGACUGGCAUCAACCCACAGGAGCUGUUCUUUCACACUAUGGCUGGCCGAGAGGGCUUGAUCGAUACGGCUGUGAAAACCUCUCGUUCGGGCUAUUUGCAGCGUUGUAUUGUGAAACAUCUGGAAGGUCUAGUGGCACAGUACGACUCUACCGUACGAGAUCAUGAUGGAAGUGUUAUUCAGUUUCGUUAUGGCGAAGACGGUAUGGAUGUGUGUAAGAGCACAUUUAUGAAUUCGGAACAAUUCGAUUUUCUUGCUGAUAAUGUAGAGGUGCUGCGCUCUCGUGUUGUUCCGGCAGAUGUUGAUGAAAACAUAAAAAAGUGGCGCAAAAAGUACGGCGAUCAAUGCACUGGUAAAGUAUACAAGAGUGGCUUUGUGGAAUUUUCAAAAGAAUAUAGGGGUACGCCGAAGGAGAAGCUCCAGAAAAUGUGGUUUGAAUUAAGCGACGACGAGCGGAACGAGUAUCACCGAAAGGCCGGGAAAGGACGCCCUGCUGAUGUUGAAGAGCGUUGUAUUGUGAAACAUCUGGAAGGUCUAGUGGCACAGUACGAUUCUACCGUACGAGACCAUGAUGGAAGCGUUAUUCAGUUUCGUUACGGCGAAGAUGGUAUGGAUGUGUGUAAGAGCACAUUUAUGAAUUCGGAACAAUUCGAUUUUCUUGCUGAUAAUGGCUUGAUCGAUACGGCUGUGAAAACCUCUCGUUCGGGCUAUUUGCAGCGUUGUAUCGUGAAACAUCUGGAAGGUCUAGUGGCACAGUACGACUCUACCGUACGAGAUCAUGAUGGAAGCGUUAUUCAGUUUCGUUACGGCGAAGAUGGUAUGGAUGUGUGUAAGAGUACAUUUAUGAAUUCGGAACAAUUCGAUUUUCUUGCUGAUAAUGUAGAAGUACUGCGCUCUCGUGUUGUACCGGCAGAUAUAAAAAAGUGGCGCAAAAAAUAUGGCGAUCAAUGCACUGGUAAAGUAUAUAAGAGUGGCUUUGUGGAAUUUUCAAAAGAAUAUAGGGGUACGCCGAAGGAGAAGCUCCAGAAAAUGUGGUUUGAAUUAAGCGACGACGAACGGAACGAGUAUCAUCGAAAGGCCGGAAAAGGGCGUCCUGCUGAUGUUGAAGAGAAAAUGAAUUCGAAUCGUUCGUUGGGCGCUCUCCCACAGAAACUUCUGGAUGAUAUUGAUGAAUACAUGAAUCAAAAAUCAACCGCAAGUCUUGACGCUCCGUCAGAGAUUUUCCGAAGGUCACUUUACUGGAAAGGUAUGCGUUGUCGAGUGGAUCCCGGUGAAAAUGUUGGCCUGUUGGCAGCCCAGUCGAUUGGUGAACCAUCCACACAGAUGACCCUCAACACUUUUCAUUUUGCUGGUCGUGGUGAAAUGAACGUAACAUUGGGUAUUCCACGUUUACGAGAAAUUUUGAUGACAGAAAGUAGCCAUAUAAAGACACCCAGUGCAGAGGUUUGUUGCACUACUUUGUCGUUUUUAUUGGAUUUGAUAGGGUAAAA